UUCCAUUUCUCACACUCAAAAGCACCCACACACUACUCCCCUUUGUUCUUUCUAAAGCCCAAAACAUUUCAUAUAUCAACCAUGCCUUCACCUUUCUCCACCCUCAAUACCCUCUCCAUUCUCUUCAGGCGGGGAUACGCGACGGCGCCAGAAGGAGUUGCGGCUAGACUUGGCGGCAUCAUGAAGAAGAAAGAAGAAUCUUUAAGAAUUGGUAGAGAGAAGAAGGCCGUGUCGUGGGUUCCAGACCCCGUUACCGGUUACUACAGACCGGAGAACUGUGGCGCCGAGAUGGACGCUGCCGAUCUCCGGGCAAUGCUCCUCAACUCAGCAACAAAGUGAUUUAUUUAAUGCAUGCACUUCAUGAAAUCAAUGAGUAAAGCUCUUUAAGAGCGUAGAAUAGAGGUUUAGCGUGAGAGGAAUUAGGCAUUGGAAACUAUUGUUGGCAGAAUUAUAUGCCAAAUCACAAAUUGGUGAGGUACUGACGCAGAUAGGGUAGUAUUACUCCAGGACGAUCAACCAAAAUAUUUUUCUUACCAUUUUUUAAAGUGUCUGCUAAUGCUCUUAUAAUAUUUAUUAUUAUUAGUUCAAUAAAUUUUAUAUUAUAUAGUUUUGGAUACAAGAUUUCAUGUCACAGAGCAUAAA